AUCGCAACAUUAGUGAUUAAUCAUUUUCUUUUUAAUCUGCCAUGGACUCUGGAACCUUCAGCUGUGGGAGUGGCUGUUUCCUGUUGGGCCCAGGCCUCUUCCAGGGCAAGCGUUAUCAAAAUAUUUAAGCAGCUAUGGUACCCAAAUUCAGCUAGCCUUGAACUGCUGAAUAAAGAGGCAGCCAGGACUUUGCUCAGUGAAACCAAGACUCCUAAUAUGGCAGGGAAGCCGGUGCUUCACUACUUCAAUGGACGGGGCAGGAUGGAGUCCAUCCGGUGGCUCUUGGCUGCAGCUGGAGUAGAGUUUGAAGAGAAGCUUAUAAAAUGUCCAGAAGAUUUUGAAAAGUUAAAAAAUGAAGGGCUUUUGAUGUUCCAGCAAGUACCCAUGGUGGAGAUGGAUGGGAUGAAGCUGGUGCAGUCCAGAGCCAUUCUCAACUACAUUGCCACCAAAUACAACCUCUAUGGGAAAGAUAUGAAAGAGAGACUCCUGAUUGAUAUGUACAUAGAAGGCAUCAUGGAUUUAUAUGAAAUGAUCUCACAUCUGGCACUGACUCCUCCAGAUCAAACAGAUACCAAGAUGGCUUUGAUCAGAGACAAAACAAAGAAUUGCUACUUCCCUGCCUUUGAAAAAGUGUUAAAGAGUCAUGGACAAGACUACCUUGUUGGCAACAAGCUGAGCAGGGCUGACAUUCACCUGGUUGAACUUCUCUACUGUGUUGAAGAGGUUGAUGCGAGUCUUUUGGCUGCUUUCCCUCUGCUGCAGGCUCUAAAAACCAGAAUCAGUAACCUGCCCAAUGUGAAGAAGUUUCUGCAGCCUGGCAGCCAGAGGAAGCCUCCCACUACUGCAAAAAUGAUAGAAGAAGCCAGAAAGGUUUUCAAGUUUUAGUUAGGUUGGCCUUGACCAAGCCCAAACGUGAACCAAACAUCUAAAUUUUUCAAUAAUAAAAUUCUUUGCGUAAAGGUUGACCACGACUUUUAUGGGAUAAUAAGCCACUUAUGAUUGCAAAUGGUAAUUGCAUAAUAAAAUUCCUCUGAGAAGUCUUAAGACAUUUUUUUCAUUAAGAUCUGAUAUGUAAUUAGAUUUUGAAUGUCCUUUUUUUGGAAAUAAAAUUUUUACUUAAAAAGUGUGGAUUAUACGGUUUGCUUUACUUUUCCAAAAAUUGUUCUAUGAUAUCACUCAUACAGUCUAUUAGAGAGAAAAGUUUACAAAUUUGUAUUUGAUCUCACAUAUGCACAGAAAAUAACUGUUUUUCUGGGCAAUAGUGCAACAAAGUUUUCCAACAACCCAUGUGCUCUAUACACACAUCCCUUAAUGCUUCACAAAGAAUAGAGAUUUUUCCCUCUGCUGUUAACCUUCAACCAAUUCAUUGAAAUCCUUGCAGGAAGUUUCUUUGAAAAGCCAGUCUAUGAUGAUUUACUGAGAGAGUCGAUUGAAUAUGAUUAACCUUUGAAUUGGGUGCUUUGAAAAGGCACAUUUAAUCCAAUUCUUUUGGGAUGAAUAGGUUGAAUUAUAACUCUUCUUGCAGUCCAAUAUGGAAACUUGUGGCAUCUGAACAGAGGAAGGGCCUUUUCCAUAGCUGAACGUUGCCCCCUUUAGUGGAAAGGAGUUUCUCACAUGAGCAAAUGGCACAAAAACCCAUAGGAGAUCAUAUUGAGCUCUGGAGCCAAGAAAGAGAAAUCCUUUAACAGGGUCAGUACUGGUCUCCACCCUUCUCCAUUGAAUCACACCCUCCCAUUCAGGUCACUAGAAAAACACCUUACACUGUAUCCUUAGCACAAGAAAAGUCUGCUUUAUACUCAAGUCAAGGCCUUGUUGGUGUAUAUAGUUAAUAAUUUAGAAUUGUUCAUUGAGUUGCUUUGGGGUGCAUUGCUACAGAGAUGUAUAAAUGAAGAAUUUAGAAAACUAUAGCAUGAAAAUCCAAUGAUGUGAGAACAAUUAAUGAUAUAUGAAAACAAAAGAGAUGUAGCACGUUAAACAUUCUGAGCUUGUAUGCAGUGCAAAGGGAAAAGGUAAGAGUUUAUGCUGAAAUUACUCUGUCUAGAGCAGUGGUGAUGAAAUGAUCAUGAAGUGAAACUGUUAAGAUCACAUGAUUGGAAUCCCCAACUGACCAGUGAUGGUGACCUAUAUCUGCAUAGUUCAUGCCUUCAAGUGCUUCUCAGCCUCUGCUGCCUAUGAAAGAGGAGAUACCCAUGCCCACUAUGCACAAUCUAACCUACAGCUAGAUGUCAUUUAUGAUACACAGUAGCUCUUUCCUUUGACAGAGAUGCUCUGUGACUUGUUAACAAAUGUUGAUGUCAUUGGUUUUUCUAUUUUUCUGGUUUUGUUUGUUCUUUUUCUUUGGACACUGGGGAUUGAACUGAGGACCUUGCUCUUGCAAGGCAGGCGUAGUGCCACUGAGCUAGAUCCCCGGCCCUGUUUUCUGUAUUUCUUUAAUGUCAAGUUGUGUUCACUGUUGGAUAGAAUUUUUUAUGAACAAGUUUUAGGAUCUUCAAGGAGAGUGUAAAUCUGUACAACUGUUAAAUUUAUAUAGGAACAUGACUUGGUUCCAGUAUAAAUGAUUUCAACAAAAUUAAAAAGAGUAAUUCUCUUA